GUGAUUAUUGGAUGAAAUUGUAAAGGUAUCUUCAUUAUUUCAUCCAAUUAUCAGUAUUAAAUUUCUGUGCUAUCCAUCAACCACCUUCACUUCCUGUGUACCAAAACAUCUGCAAGGCUUAGUAUGUGGCAGCGUCUCCUCCUCGCGCGGCGACCCGCGGCGCUGCGUCCUUCAUUCUCACGACUGCUAGCGACCGACAGCAGCCGUCGCAUCUUGUGCGUGGACGUUCCCGAGCACGUGGCCGAGACCUCGUGCGUCCAGGAGCUCGUACAGCGCGGCCAUGUCGUGGACCAAGUGCGCGCCGCCUCGGACGAGUAUCUGACAUCAGUUGUGAAGGACUACGACGCGCUCCUAGCGGCUCCAGGUACGAAGCUACCGCGCGAACUUCUCCGCGCGGGUGCUAAGCACAAGCUGCAGCUGGUGGCCGUGCCUGCCGCCUCAAUCCCCAGCGAGGACAUCGACCUCAUGGAGGCUACGAAUCAGGGCGUGAUGCUCCUCCAACUCGAGUCCAAACAGGUGGGCGACCGCUCGUCUGUGGAAGCAGAGAUCGGCCUCAGUCUACUCAUUCAAUUGGCACGUCAUCUGCCUCGUAGUAUGGCCUGUAUGCGCUCCGGCGAGCCGUUCGACCGGCAGCAAUUCGCUGGUACGGAGCUAGCGGGGAAGAGUCUAGGAGUUGUUGGCAUUGGACAAGCUGGGCGACGUGUGGUGAACAUGGCGCAUGCUCUUGGACUGCAAGUCUUUGGUUUUGACCCCAACUUAAACCAGGAAGCGGCCGAACUCAUGGGAGUCAAAUGCGUGUCCAUGGACGAACUGUACGCAACCUGUGACUUCAUCACUUUCCACGCUCCAUUGACUGCACGCACACGCGGUAUGUUUGGAGACGAGGCCUUAGAGAAGUGCAAGCCUGGCGUGAAGAUCGUGUCGGUGGCUGAAUACAGGGGAAGUCACGGUCUGCUGGACGAGAACACGCUGCUGCGUGGUCUGGAGUCUGGCAAGAUCAGCGGCGUGGCGCUGGAUUUGCUUCAAUCAGCGGACGGACUGGACAUGUCGCCGACGUGGCAGGAGCUGAUGAAGCACGAGAACGUCAUCACGCGUGCACAUGCUGACGGUACGGCGUCGGACGACGUGCUUCAGCGCCGUAAGUACCGUCUUCUGGCGGAGAAUGUAGGCGAUGCCCUGGCACAGCGCUACUACCGUGGUGUAGCUAACGGUGUGUUCAUGCCUCUGACGCUGUUGCCGGAGAUGAAGCCGUUCCUGGAGCUGAGCGAGUCGCUUGGUCGCUUUGUACACCAACUAGCUCUGUCGGCAGACCCGAAGGAUCGAAUCACCAACGUGUUUCUGGCUGCCACUGGUGGGCUACAGAUUGACAUUACGACGCCACAGGCUCGCCAGGUUCUCCAGAACGCGCUGCUCAAGGGAAUGCUUGAGAGCAUGCGGGAGUAUAAGGAACCCGCUGAGGACGAGGAACAACCCGAGAUCAGCCUUCUGAAUUCCUCGCUGCUUGCCAUGGCUAAGGGCAUUGACGUGCGUCAAGGUGACUUGAAGACCGACCCAGCAGCGGUGCGUCGUCACUUGAAGAACUGCUUGGCGGUGGUGGUUGAGACCAAGAACAAGGACCGUCUUCUUGUCAAGGGAAGCGUCUUCGGUGAGGACCCGCGUAUCGUGCGUGUGAACGAAUACUCGGACUUCCCAGCUUUCCGUCCGAAAGGCAACAUAUUGGUGUUCAACAACGAGGACGUCCCAGGUGCAAUCGCUGGCAUCCUGAGCGAACUGUCCGAGGCGAAGAUCAACAUCGCCAACUUUGGACUCGCUCGCCAGAACAACGUUGAGCACCCUCUUGGUAUUCUUGCACUGGACUCCGUACCCUCUGAUGAGACGCUGAAUGCUCUGAAGGAACUGCCUAGCGUCCGCAGCGUUCGCUUCGCUCAAGUUUAAGAGAAUUUAUAGCGACAACGUACAAGUUGUAGUGGAGAGGCUCGGAAAAAAGACAACAAACAGUAGCACAGACGCAGCUAUCGUCCGUUCUCUUUUUUACUUCGAAGUAUCCAUUUAACGGAGCUGCACUAUUAAAGUACUGCUGCUUCAAGACGCGCAAGCCAUAUGAGAAUAUAAACAUGGAGGGGUAUCCAACCAACCCGCUUCAAACGGAUGUAGAAGCAGGAGCCAUUGGAAUCGACUGCGAGAGGCGUCUCUCUUUCUGCUCGAGAGAGGCCACGUACUGUUGCUUCUUGUCCGUUGAGGUCUGCAUGAAGCGCUUCAUGGUGCUGUACAGGAACGGACUCAUGGACUCCUUCUCGUGCUGUUAAUUGAUAAAAAAAAAAAAGCGAGUUAAACGCGUGUACUCAAGACUAACGCAACUUGCACAAUCGGCAGACUUACCUCGUAACAGUACAUCAUUACGGACAUUGAGGCCGAGAAGAGGGCGACUUCGCCGUAUUUGAAGCCAGAGCAGACUCCUCGGUCGUGCAGAAUCAUCGCCAAGCUGUCGAGAGCACGAGGCAGCACGUACAACGCCAGCUCUGUCGAUAUUGAAUGACGCACAACGUAUCAGUCUCAUGUCUUCCCAACUAAAACAAUCAGCAAUUCAACGUACCAGAGCGUCGGCUUUUUGGCUCCAUAAGAAUUGUCGUCGAGGCUCCCAAUCCGGCCAAAUAAUAGAUGAAUCGGUGGUCUUUGGUCACCACACGGCGGUGCAUGCACACAAGUGACAAAUAGAGCGUCACGAAAGACGCUAGGAAGCAAUUGGAUCGUGUCGCGUUCAACGUCGAGCGUGCUAGAGUGCGAAAAGGUGCACGCAAGAAGCGCUUGAAAUGGAUGACCACGCCUGGUACAAUGAAGAGUGAUAGAUACAGCGGAAAGGUCUUUUGGAAGGCACGCUUGAAGCACAGCAGUGCUCCUACCGCACAUGAGUCAGCAUUGGCAUGCACAAGUCUGCACGGCACGAUAUCCGUCGGCAACGGGAAGUCCUUCGGAAUCCCUGGCUUCCGAUUGAUCAGUUUCUGAAGAGUAGCAGCGCUAACUGGAAGGCUUCGGUUCACUUGCUGCACCAGUUCCAGCGUCUCCAGUUCUACUGGGCCUGUUCUCUGGAUAAACCUGAAAUAUUCAGAGGGCAGGGUCGUUGGUCUCAUGACGUACGCGUACAUGACCUGCGCACUUGAGAGUGCAAACAGCAGCGCGUCGCCAUACUGCCAGUCACUGCCCCAGAAGUGCCAGCGUUCCAGUCUCUUGGCCGUGUUGUAGCCGCACUGCAGCGCUCUCGUAAGCGCAUACAAUGCCAAAGAUCGACGUCGCUUUGUGUCCACAAAACCGAGCGCCAGGGCUGCAAUGGCUCCAGACCCAAGGGCUGAGAUCUCCUUAAGCUUCUUCUUGUCUUGAAGAUGUUUCCUGGGUAGAAUUCGCCGUAGAAUCACGGGCAGUAGAGCUCUCAGACCUCUGUAUCCGCCUGUGAACCAGCCUAAGAACAGGCCUAGCCGCACUGCAUCCACCCGGAAAUUGAGGUGCUUCUCGUCCAAUAACUGCCGCAGAUCCACCGCAGCCCUCCACUCGCGUCGCUGCAGCAACUUAAGCAGACGCAGCAAGGCCGCAAUCCCUGCACGUGUGUUGUAGGCCAGUAGGAAGUUACUCGUGCCUAGACGCAGCGCCUCCAGCAGCUCCUGACCCAGCGUCUCGCCCUCGUCACCCUCUUGCUGCUCGCUGGCCAGUGUCCGCACCGCCAGCUGCUCGUCCUCGACGAUCAUCUCGUCGUCUUCCUCCGCGCUGGCGGCCUCGUCGUCCGAGCGACUAAAUAGACUGAUGUCGGACGCCGUCACGUGCAAAGUGGAGGCGGUGGACGGCACGCGCGGCGGCAAGGACGACGGGAAGGACGACGCCAUGACUCACAGCGCUUGACGAUCGCAAUUUGAGUUUAGGAUUUGAAGUUUGGAUGUUUAGUGAACAGUUGGUUCAGUUGGCGGGCGUUCAGCGUCGUCGAUUGACUUCAACUUCCCCCACAAUAUUACAGUUGACAAUGUUACGAUAGAAAAGGGAAGCCCC